AUGGGAGAGGCUAACAGCGCUGUACACUCAGGCAUGGGAGAGGCUAACAGCGCUGUACACUCAGGCAUGGGAGAGGCUAACAGCGCUGUACACUCAGGCAUGGGAGAGGCUAACAGCGCUCUCUGUGGGAUCCUGGAGGUAUUGCUGAACCUUCUCCAGACCAGUACAUCCCAAGACCAGCUCUUCCUGCUGCUCUUUGAGCCUGGCAAUGCUGAAAUCCUCUAUACACUGCUGCUCAACCAUAAGUACACUGACAAAGUCAGAGACCUGGUCUUCAAGAUCUUUGAGAAAAUGCUUAAGUGUGAUAAAGUGUACGAGAAGAGCAAACAGCGCAUCAAGCUGAGGGAGGUUGGGUACUCCGGGCUGAUCCUACUGUUUAAUGAAAUUCCAAUAACUCUGUCGCUCAUUAAAAACCUCCUAAACCAGGUUCUUAAUUCAGAUCCUGUGGUUAAUUACAAGGAUAUCAUGGCUUUGGUGCACUUGACUCACAAAGCAGGCUUGCAUAUUAGGCUGGUCAUUUGUAAAAAGCUUUACCAGCUAUUGCAGUCACAGCAGGACGCGGCUCAGCAGAUUUCCCGACAGGCUGGUUGGCAGGAGACUCUGGUCAAGCUGUACCUGAGAGAAAACGCUGAAACACGGGACAGCAGCAUUAGCAAAGCAGACUCCGCAAGCACCAGCAGCCUGGAUCACGUCAAGAACAGGUGGAGUGCUUCUGAAUCCCACGAUUCAGGGAAAGGAACUAUUCAAGACAAACUAGACAAUGACAAGGAUGUUGUUGACAGACCUGCAAUGGCAGAUAGGUCAGUGGAUUCUCACAGCAUAGUAGACCAUAGAUCAUUGGACGGUUUGAUUCAAUCGGUAAAUGAUGGAGAGGCAGUAGCCAUGGAAACCCCUACUGAGGCCCUUGCCAAGUCCUGGGCCUCCAAAGCAGGCGGCUUGAGUUUAGAUCUGUCCAGGAUCUCUUAUGAGCUGGGGGAUAGUGGGACUCCAACUCCAGGAAGUCUGACCAGCACCCCCUCCCCCUCAGAGACUUCCAGGUCUUUCCCCAACGUCCAGUCUGACAGGGAGUCAUCAUCUUUUAUGGAGGACAGCUUCUGCUUCAAUGAUGACUUCUCUUUAUGUGAAAACUUUGGAGGUGCUGAGAAGAGUGAGGAGGAGCUGACGAGGAUGCUGAGCGAGAUCCUGCUGUGUGUGAUGUGGCGCGGAGUGGACGGCUCCGACGAUGCUGCCUGGCUGGAGAGGGGACAGGUCUUCUCAGCCCUGACCAAGCUAGGAACAGCCAACGAGCUGCUUCAGCCUGCAGAUGAGAUCAAAUUAAAUCUUCUUGAGAAGAUGAUAGAAUGGGCAGUCACUGAUAACCGAGAGGCUACAGUCACUACCUUGCCGGUCCACACAGAGAACGCUGUGUUCCUCUUGCAUACUGUACAGGACUUCUUGCAGGCAGAGGGCCUGGUCAACCCAGCUCUGUGGACUGAGAAGGUGCUGGAGGAGGCAGUGACUCUGAUGGACAGUCUCAUGGUGUGGUACUCGUCUGGCACACAGUGGAUGCAGCUCUCCCAGGUCGGAGUGAGGCUGCUGCUGGGGUUCAUGGCACAGGACAACAUCCAGGUGUGCGCCAUGGCCACAGCCAAACUGAACACCAUCCUGCAGACAAAGGCCAUUGACAGCCAGGACGAGGCGUGCUACCUGCUGGGCAAGCUGGAGGGCAUCCUGAGCAAGUCCAUCCGGGAGAAGACCGAGACCUACUCCUUCCUCAUCCCCCUCAUCCGCAGCCUGCUCCCCAAGAUCCACCAGCUGCUCUACAUGCAGCUGCACCUGCCUUCCCUGCCCAAUACCAACGGCAGCCCCUCCUUCUUCGAGGAUUUCCAGGAGUACUGCAGCUCCGAUGAGUGGCGGGUCUACCUGGACAAAUACAUCAUUCCUUACAUGAAGCAAUAUGAGAUUGAGAUAUUCAGCAGGGGCCACGAGUCCAUGGCCAUCUACUGGAAGAACUGCUACGAGGCAUUCAUGGUGACCUGGCACAAGCGGGAGAGAGAAAGAGGAGAGAGCAAACUCAAAUUCCAGGAGUUCUUUGUAGAACCGUUCACACGCAGGUCCCGCCAGGAGAACCUGCGCUACAACAACAUGCUGAAGCAGAUCAACAGCCAGCACAUUGCCACCCUGAGGCAGUGGAAGGCAGCGCGCCGUGGGCUGGUCAGUGAGAGGGGCCCGUGGGCUGACAGGAAGCAGAGUGCAGUGCACUGGAAACUCUCUAGCGCUGAAAACUACUCCCGCAUGAGGUUGAAACUGACCCAGAACUACAAUUUUGACCCCCACACCGAGGCCAGCGCUUUGAGAGACAAUCUCGGCAUGCAGGAGAGCAAGCCUGCAAAUGAGUCUCUGCUCCUGGAGGCAGUGAAGCAGGUGAAGGUGAGCGACGUGGAGGAGGACAUGCUGGAGCUGCCAGAGGAGGACUCCACUGCCGGCAACAGCCUGAAUGAGAUCGAGGAGCAGAGUCAGAAGGAAAAGCUGGUCAUUUCAGAGGACUGUGAUCUCAUUACAGUGAUGGACAUCAUUAGCGGUCGUCUAGAAGUGACCACCCAGCACAUCUAUUUCUAUGAUGGAAGUGUGGAAAAGGAGGAAGGGGUGGGCUAUGAUUUUAAGUGGCCACUCUCCCAGAUCCGAGAGAUACAUCUACGUCGCUACAACUUGAGACGUUCUGCUUUGGAAAUAUUCCUCAUCGACCAGACAAAUUACUUUCUGAACUUCCCAAAGGAGGUGCGAAACAAAGUGUACAGCCGGAUGCAUUUGUUAACUGUCGGCUCCCCAAACCUUUAUGGAACUCGCUCUCCUCAAGAACUGUUGAAAGCUUCAGGACUAUCGCAGAAAUGGGUGAACAGAGAGAUCUCAAACUUCGACUACCUCAUUCAGCUAAACACGAUAGCUGGAAGAACAUACAAUGAUCUCGCCCAGUACCCUGUGUUCCCCUGGGUUCUAUGUGAUUACACCUCAGAGGAGCUUGACUUGAACAAUCCUGCAGUGUUUAGAGACCUUUCCAAACCAAUAGGAGUGGUGAAUGAAAAGAAUGCCAAAUCUGUUUUCGAAAAGUAUGAUAAUUUUGAGGACCCCACAGGAACCAUUGACAAGUUCCACUAUGGGACUCACUACUCCAAUGCUGCUGGGGUGAUGCACUACCUGAUGCGGGUAGAGCCCUUCACUACACUGCACAUCCAGCUCCAGAGUGGAAGGUUUGAUUGUGCAGACAGACAGUUCCAUUCCAUACCUGCAACCUGGCAGGCUCUGAUAGACAAUCCAAACGAUGUCAAAGAGCUCAUUCCAGAAUUCUUCUACUUCCCAGAAUUCUUAGAGAACAAGAACAACUUUGACCUUGGGCGUUUGCAGAUAUCCAAAGAGCGUGUUGAUGAAGUCAUUCUUCCAAAAUGGGCGAAAUCCCCUGAGGAUUUCAUCUACAAGCACAGGAAAGCACUGGAGUCAGAGUAUGUGUCGGCCCAUCUCCAUGAAUGGAUUGACCUGAUCUUCGGAUACAAGCAACGGGGACCAGAUGCUGUGGAGGCGCUCAAUGUUUUCUAUUACUGUACUUAUGAAGGGGCCGUGGACCUGGAUGCUAUAGCCGAUGAGAAGGAGCGGAAAGCUUUGGAAGCAAUGAUCAACAAUUUUGGACAGACUCCUUGUCAGCUACUCAAGGAGCCCCAUCCUGUCCGGCUGUCCACUGAGGAGUUGGAGAAACGCCAGGCCAGGCUGGAUAGCUGUUCUCUUAGUGUCUUCCAACAUCUCACAGAACUCAAGUCUUUCUUUGUGGAGGGGAUCAGUGAUAAUGUUCCACUAGUAAAGGCGGUUGUCCCUAAAAAUCAGUCUCACUCAUUCAUGUCCCAAGGGAGCCCGGACACACUGGUCACAUUGAGCCAGAACUGCCUGAUGGGAACACAUGGAUGGCUGCCUUAUGAUAAAAACAUAUCCAAUUACUUUACAUUCAUCAAGGACCCAGCUGUAUCAAAUGCAAAAACCCAGCGCUGUAUUAAUGGCCCAUUUACCCCCGGGCUAGAGGUCACCACCAAGCUCUUUGUUGUGUCACAUGACGGGAAAUUGCUCUUCAGUGGAGGACACUGGGACAACAGCAUCCGAGUGACCUCACUAGCUAAGGGCAAGCUGGUUGGACAGCACAUUAGGCACAUGGAUAUUGUGACCUGUCUGGCUACAGACUACUGUGGAAUUCACCUAAUAUCAGGCUCACAGGACAAAACAUGCAUGAUCUGGCAAGUUCUGCAGCAGGGAGGAGUUCCAGUAGGUUUGGUGGCUAAGCCUGUGCAGAUUCUGUAUGGACACACCGAUGAGAUUACGAGUGUGACUAUCAGCACCGAGCUGGACGUGGCUGUCUCAGGUUCUAGGGAUGGCACGGUGAUCAUCCAUACUAUCCGGCGAGGGCAGUACAUGAGGUCCCUGAAGCCCCCAUGUGAGAGCUCACUGCCCGUCACCAUCCUGCACCUCGCCAUCUCCUGGGAGGGACACAUCGUUGUGAACACCUCCAUUGAGGGGAAAUCCACCCUGAAGGAUAAGAAUGCUCUUCAUUUGUACUCUGUGAAUGGAACAUAUUUAUGUUCAGAGAAUCUGAAAGAGGAGGUAUCAGACCUCUGUGUUACUGGGGAGUACAUCGUCCUGGGCAGUGUGCAAGGAUUCCUGUCUAUCCGGGACCUCUACAGCCUGAAUCUCAGCCUGGCCCCCAUCGCCAUGCGGGUGCCUGUCCACUGCGUUUCAGUGACCAAAGAGAACAGCCACAUCCUGGUGGGGCUGGAGGACGGCAAGCUGAUCAUCGUGGGUGUGGGCAAACCGCCAGAGAUGCGUUCAGGGCAGAUCACCCGGAAACUCUGGGGCUCGAGCAAACGUCUGACCUCAAUCUCGUCAGGAGAGACUGAAUAUAACACCCAAGAUCAUAAAUGAUAUGAUGAAUGACGGGAGAGCCCAACCGAAUCACAGCUCUCUGCCACACCUGAAUCCAUCACCUUGAUUUGGCCUUUGCCACUCUAAUCCAUGUCGGUGUACCCAAUCAGAACACUUUUUGAAUUGAUUUAUUUAUUUUAUUUUAUUUUAGCUACACAAUUUGAACUGCAACAGAUUAAACUUUAUUUAUUUGCUUUAUAAGUGUGACAUGACAAUAGAUUCAGAACUUCUGAUUUUUUUUUAAUUUUUUUUUUUACUUUUUGCUGCUGCUUUGUAAUUUUUGAAUGUGUGAUUGUGAUCACUCAGAAACAAACGGUUAUGAUUACACUAACAAUCUUAUGAUCUUCCAGAAUACUCAAACAUCUUGAGUGGAUCAUUUGAGGUUUCUUAUUCAAAUAUAUUCUCUUGUUCAACAUGCUGGUGGGCAGCUAUGUCGAGCAAGUGACAGUCUCUCUGGAGUGGGUUUCGUUAUUCAAUUGCAGUUGUUUAUAAACCUAAAAUUGUGACUAAUAUGGUCAUUUGAAGAUUUUGACAGUUUGACAGAGUGGAGAUAAUAUACAUAAAAGCAUUGGGAACAUUUUGAAAGUCUCUAGGUAAGUUUUAAUUGUUAAGACUGGAUUUUGGUUGAUUGGUAGAUGGUAGCCAAUGUGAGAUUCCUUCCUUGUACAGACAGUAUUUCAUAAUUCUCGUUUUCUACAGACUGCCCUGCAGGUAGUGAUGAUGGGCAAUCAUUCAGAAUCCUCAUAGUUGAUUAAUGCAGUGCAUUGCAUGCUGUUAGAUUUUUCGAUGCGACAUUGAUCAGAAUGAUUAAGUACAGUUUUAAAAUAGUGAAAGUAAUAAUGGUUUCAUAUUGGUUGUCUACAGGAAUAAGAUGCAGUUUUAUUUUUGUUGCCAAAACAGCAAUAAUAUUGAUAAUACUAUGCAAACCCUUCACGUAAUCGGGAAAAAUGCUGAUUUUGUUAGCACUGAGCUUACUGGUCAGCGGGAACUUUUUUUUAACCUUCAAAGCCAGUCUGUGUUGUUUUCCAGUCUGUCUCCAUUGUAUUUGAUUUGCCAUUUCCAUUUUUAUAUGGGAUUUUGUGUAUACCAAUCUUGUCUAAAGUGAAAACCAACAACUGUUUGUUUUAAGCCAUAUGCAUUCACACUUGUCAGGCUCUCUUACACUCACAAAUGCUGCAUUAGUGCUUGUGAUGAGAAAAAAAAAAAAAAACACUACAUCAGUACAUUAUAAUUCUGCCUGUUGCAAAUUUUUGUAUUUAGUUCUUACACUGUUUUAUUCAGAUACACGGCAUCUAGUUUAAUAAUCUGAUUUUAGAUAGCGUUAAAGCAGUUUGUGUUCAUGAGGAGUGAGUGGUAAAGGUAUGAAUCGAAAUAAAAGCAAUGAGCUAUAGAACAAUUAUAGUAGUCAAGUUAGCCAUCAUUCAUACAAGGCUCUUCCUAUGAAAAUGAGCAAUGGCUUUAGGAUCACUGCUGUGAGGAGAUGUUUUUCAGUUCAAUCACAGCAAUACAUCAUUUUUAUGGCACUGAAGAAUGAAUUAUUUAGGUUUGCACCAACAAUCCUGCAUCUUAAAUCAGCAAGCCAUUGUUCAUGAAAGGAUCUUCCAGUGGAACCAAAAAAAAAAAAAAAAAAAAAAGAAUUGUACCUUCAAAUGAAGCAAGAAAAAUAUGCUUUCUGCUUUGUAGUUUUUUGGAUUGUUCAAACUGAUUUUAAAGUUGCUGACAUUUUCGUAUUUUGUGAAGCAUUAUGUGUAUUUUGUCAAGCAUGCCUUGUCAAAAAGUUACUAUUUUUUUUUGUAUUCCCUUUUGUAUCGCUCAUAGUAAUUUCAUCUUCCCAAAUGGCUGUAUCAUUCACUCUCUGAAAUGUAGGGAUCAGCUGUUCAGUACAGUUCCCAAACAGUAUUGCAAGACCAAUAUAGUUUUUUAUACAACUUUGUCACACCAUUGUCAUUUUUAAAGAUGGAAUAUUAUUGUAAUGAAAACGUAAUUCGCAAUUUAAGUUUUUGACAGGAGUUUUUUUUUUUAUAAUCUGUCUUUUUUUCUUGUGAUUAAAUAAAUAAGAUUGUGCCUCAUAGGUUGUUUUUUUUUUUUAAUAGGAGUGAGUAAAAUUAAUUUCUGUACCUGUACUUUGUGUAAUAUAAUUACUACAUUGUGUAUGUAUAUAAUAAACUUAAUUUUAUAUGCCAAAAUGCUGAUAUUAACUUUUUUUUUUAAAUCAUGAUUAUGUAAAGUUGUGUAAAUCGUCUAAUGUAUUGUGGUCUUUGUUUUCAGCCCUCUGCAAUAUUGCAUGGGUGUGUGUCUUACAGGUACGAGAAUCCAGGGUAUUAACAAUCUUUUUAGACUGUCAAAAUCAGGUUUCAGUGUAGUUUUCAUAAUAUCCACCAGGUGGCACUAAAGCAAGCCCAGAGGAGUCAUAUUGAUGGAUUCCACAUAGCAUGGUUAAUGAAAGCUGAUCAAUGUGACGGGUGUGCCUGUUGACUGAAAACCUGCCUUUAUAACAUUUUAUAAGUUAAAAUGAAGUUGUUAUUUGUCCUGGGAUAUGAAACUUUACCAGUAUUUACAAGUUUCAUGAUGUGACCAGUGUCCUCAAGCCAAAGCAGUGUUGGGAGAUUUCUGGGCAUCUCUUGGUGCAUUUCCCAUCACUGCGUAACAUAGUCUAGCAAAACGCUCUGUGACCCUCUGUUUCAAUGAAAUGAUCCAUAAUUCAACAAUUUGGUGAUAGACAUUGGAAGUGUCCAAUGACACUGUUAAAGGUGUACAGCCGUGUAUAAUGUUUCCACUGGCAUUGCAAAGGGAGUGCCUGUUCUUGUUGAAUUGCCACUCGCUGUAUGCAUAGCCUUUUUUGCCUGUUUGUAUACUCUUCUGUGAUAGAAAAUGAGUUUCUCAGAAAUUCAAUGAAUAAAUGCAAUUCCUGCUGGGACAUGGCACCUUAAUGGUGCUCAAACUAUAUUUGAAAUAAUUGAGAAAUUAACUGCUUUCUUUGUAACUUUUUAAAAAAUAAAUUGGUGUCUGUUUAUCUGCAUUUUGUUCCAUAUAUGUAUAGCAUGAUUGUUUACAAAAGAAAAAAUGUUUAUUUGCACUUUCCAGAUACUAGAGAUUGUAAACUUGUAUUUUGUUUUAAUUGUACACAUGAUGUGUAUAUGAUCAGUUCUUAUUUGCUUUGUAUGCUCACAUACUGGGUCCAAUGCAAGUGAAGUUGUAUGGGAUAAAUAAAUAAAUAUGCAUGAUAUUUAUUUACGUUUUUCCAUUUCGUUUCAAUUUUUAGUUGUAUCUGUUGUAAACCUAUACCCAGUUAAUGAUAUACAACAAAUCACAGUGCUAAAGCUUUGGAAUGCCCCCUGGUGUAGUUAAUGUACUGGGGAUCAUAAUUGUGUGGACACACCUUGUACAGUGAGGCUCUGCUGAAAACACUUCCCUGGGCCCCUUCCCCCAGUUGAUCAAUGACACUGAAUAGAAAUAUCAAAACCAAUCAGGAUUAUGUAAAAAUAUAUACUUUGAUUCGGUAAGGAAGAAAUAAAUUGGCUCCUAACUGAUUAAUCUCUAGGAAAGUACAAGUACAAUUUACCAAAUAUAAAAUUCUGAUUUUUUAUUAUUAUGUAAAUCUUCAUUUUUCUCUUAACAUUGAAAUGUAUGGAUUGCUUUAUUUGUAUUUCUUGACAAUUUAGAAGUAUUUUAACAUCUGUCUUUAUCUCAUGAUCCUGUUUCUUAAUUUCCAUCCAUAAUUUUAGUUUGUGUCUGUCAGAAGAAAGCUGAAAUCUGCACCAGGUUCAUGUUCUGUAGCUGGUUUACCUCU